AAAACAGUGGCUUGGAACAUCCAGUUCCCCUGAGGGGCUAAAAGCAGUCAGAUGUACUCACUCAGCUGGCUGGCUGGUUUGUGAAAACCUUUGGAUCUAUUUUUCACAGCUUUCAUUUCUAAGUCAAAAAUGCAGGUGUAUGAAUAAGAUGGCUGACACAAUCCUGGGGCAGAUACACCAAGACUUUUGGUGAGAGACAUCUGCUCUGCCUUGUUGUCAUCUUCCUCCUUGAAGACAUCUUACGAAGACUGGCUCUCGUACUAUGGUGUAACCAUCUCUCCGUUCCACAUGCGAUGGCAGACAGCUCUUUUCAACCGCAUGUUUUACAACUGGGGAAGAUGGAAGCCCAGACUUCUUUUUCUAUGGUUUAGCGUCGGAAUGGUUUUUGGCAUAGCUGCUAUGUUUGGUUCUGUUAUUCUCCUUGGGAAAACACUGAUGCAGACACUCUCUCAGAUGCUAAGUGAAGCUCCUAUAAGCCAGAAUGAUCAGAUGCUGCAAGUUGUGGUGCCUGGUGUAAAUCUUCCCAUCAGCCAGCUGUCCUAUUUCUUCACAGCAAUCCUGAUCAGUGGUGUCAUACAUGAAGUUGGCCAUGGGGUGGCAGCUAUUCGAGAGCAGGUUCGGUUCAAUGGAUUUGGAAUUUUUGUAUUCAUUGUUUAUCCGGGGGCAUUUGUUGAUCUAUUCACCACCCACUUGCAACUCAUUUCUCCAAUCCAGCAACUAAGAAUAUUUUGUGCAGGAGUCUGGCAUAACUUUGUGCUUGGAGUUGCAAGUCUUGUGGUUCUUUUCUUCCUGCCAGCUAUUCUUUUUCCAUUUUAUUACACUGGCGCAGGGGCACUUGUCACUGAACUCACCGAGGACUCUCCUGCUAAUGGGCCCAGAGGCCUUUUUGUUGGCGAUCUUGUUACCAGUCUGCAAGACUGUUCAGUUCAUAGCGUUGAGGACUGGAAUUCCUGUCUGAGAAAGAUCUCUCUGAAGCCACAAACAGGCUAUUGCAUGAAGACAUCAGUACUACAACAAUUAAGCUACCCAUCUAGAGGUUUUAGAAGACUUGAUGGUACUGUUGAAUGUUGCAGUAACAACAGCCUCACGGACAUCUGCUUUUCAUACAGUAAUAACCUAAACAGUCACCAGGUCCAGUAUGCCUGUCUGCCGGCACGGAAAGCUAUUGAGGCCAGCCAACUUUGCCGAACUAAUAUGGAUUGUCAGAAGGAGUUUGUUCCAAGUUUGUGUGUGACGCCUUCUCUAGAAAAUCAAACUAGGCUCAUUCGAGUGAAACAUCUACCUCAUAUGGAUAUGCUAUUUGUUGGACACCCACUGCACCUCCAGUAUACAGUGAGUCUCAGCAGUUUUGUGCCUCGACACAGCUUUCUCAGUAUCGACCUACCUGUGGUGAUGGAAACAUUUUGCAAGUACCUGAUUUCUCUCUCUGGAGCACUCGCUGUCAUCAAUGCAGUCCCCUGUUUUGCUUUGGAUGGUCAAUGGAUAUUAAACUCUUUCCUGGAAGCUACUCUCAGCAAGUUGGUUGUUGAAAAACAAAACAGGGAGCUUGUUGGUUUUUUAAUUUUGCUCUCUGGCAGCACACUUUUGGCUGCCAAUGUAGCACUAGGACUUUGGGUUGUGACAGCACGAUAGCAUUUUAAUUAAUUUUGAUAAUUUAUGCUAGCUACAUAGAAAAUAGUGAAAAGGUGUGUGUGAGUGUGUGGCGGGAGAAAGAGAGAUAGCUUUAAUCAAAUUACUUUACAAGAAAGAUGACUAUCCUGUGAGCUGUUAAGUAAUUUGAUGAUUGUGAGCUUAAAGGUUAAAUUCUUCUUUUAUUAUUUGUGAAAACUGCAUUGAAAAAGGAGGAUUAGAGUAAGACUUGCUUUAUUUUGAUAUUCAAACACGGUGGUUAUUUAGUGUUAACCUCUUGUAUGCUAGAAGGGAUGAACUUUUGCUCUUUACAUCUUUGAUUCCAAAAAACGGUCACUUGUGGUAACUUCUGCCAAAAGCCUCUCCACAGGAAAAAUACAGUCUUCUGAAAAUGAUAUCAAAUGUCACCUAUACCAUUUUCCAGCUGACUUGUCUCCAGUUUUAUUAUUCAGUUGUCUGCACACCAUCAGCAGCUCCUUAAACAUUUUUCCUGGGCCACGUAGCCUUGAUUGGUUGUUUUCCAGACUAGAGACAAGGUUAUGGUGAAUUGGAUGUGGCCUACAGGCCUUACUUAGCCAAACCAUUAUUCUGUCUUUUGAAAAGUAUGUAUAUGGGACACAGGCAACCCGUACUCCCCCCCCCCAAAAAAAAAACUUUUUUAGUAAAGGUGUGAUGGAUGUAUCAAGAACUUUCUGGAAGAUAGCUGUACAUUCCAGUUAUGGCUAAAACAUUUGGUUCCUACAAUCAUUCUUACUAUUGAAGCAAUAUGGUUUGAGACUUGAAAGUCAAACAUGUAGAGAAGAUGACUGCAUUUUGCCUGUUCAAAACUGAAACUUGCACAUCUUGUGUGUGUGUGUGUGUGUGUGUGUGUGUACACAACACACACACAAACAUGUCAUUGAGAAUCCUAUCAAAAUUUGUCUUCAUCAGUAAACUGCUUCCAUUUGUGUGUCUUUCUAUUUUCCAUAUUUAACAUAGAUAUUUCUAAUCAUACUAUACAAUUGUGGUCUCCCACUUGUGCAUCAGACUUGACUGGUUCAAGUGGGACUUAGUCUUCUUCUUCUCCACCCUGCAGCCCCCUGUGCACCCUGAAACUCUGUUCCGGAGGGUUGGGAAACCCUCCAGAGCAGAUGGGGAUACGUAUACAAGGGUUUGGAUGAGGAAGGAGAGGAGAGGUAAGUCCCUUCUCAUCAGCUGGUGGAAUGUUGGAUCUUGCCCACUGUGUAAGUUCCAGUGUCUAUAUUCUAUCCAUGAAUUCUAUUUUGCUGUGGAGUUGUGAAUCAGCAUAGCUAGAAGUGUCAUAACGUUGAGGUAUCCUUUGGAUGUUCUCUGAGCCACUCACGGAUAAGUGACUACGGCCGGGAGAACUUUUAAAAGGCAUUCCAGCCAUCACUGAAAGCUGUUCUUAUGAAUUUGAAAGGUUUGAGAGAAAUAUUGAAUCCUCAUUUUGUGCUUAAAAUACACUGUUCAAUGCUCUGUUCGUGAAGGAGGUUUCCUUCUCUUCUCUGAAAAGAAAUGUUCUUUCUGGGUGUAAAUAGGGAUUUUCCUUUGCUUGCUUUGCAGAUUUUCCCCCCUAGAUGAAAAUAGGCAACCCUUUGCUAAGAAGUUCUGGAUUGUAUCCAAACUGUGAUCUUUUUUAAUUGUUUCUGUUUGAACUGAAUUGAUAGGUUGAUAUUCACAAUAUCUUCUUUUUAAAGUUUUGUUUUCUUAUCAAUUUAGGUUUAUAUUUUAAAGUGUUUGCUCUAGGCAGAUGGUGAUUUGACCAUGUUCCUCUAUUUUAUUACAGCAUAUAUUGAUCUGAAAAAUAUAAUGGAUGUGUUUAUAUGUUCAGAUAACACUGGUCAACACUAAUUUUAUUGCCAAUGAUGUUUGAUCGAUUUUAGGGUAACUUUGUGUCGCUGAAUAUGGCAUCGGUUUUGCUAGAUUGGCUCUAGUUUUUGAGAUAAUGGAUGCCCCCAUUGAAAAACAUAACAAAUUCAAAAAAUUUAAUGGUCAGGCAUAGCCUACCCACAAAUGACAUGGAAACUGUCUCAAAUCAUACAAGUAAACACAUGAAAUACCUAAUGGCGUUGUAUUCAGUACAAUAACAUUAAAACAAAGUAAGCUGAUUCAGAUAAUUGCAAUUAAUGCAUAGAAAAACGCUGUGUGUACGAUUUUCUUUUAUGUGGGGCAUCAGGACAAUCACGUUGGAGGCUCCAGCAGUAGUCUGCCAUCAUAUGUCUGUCCCAUCUGCUUUGAUACCUUUCCUCCAUCACCUUUAUAUCCUGAUGGAACCUCUCCCCUUGUUCCUCACUAAAAUCAUCAAGAUUAUCCGGAAAUCUGUCUAAGUGGCUAUGGAGAUAGUGUACCUUUAUGCUCAUAUUAGUACCCAAAUGUUUAAAGUUAGUGGGCAUGUUUUGCACCAAUUCUUCAUAAUUGUCUGCCUUGUGGUUACCCAAGAAGUUCUUGACAACUGAGACAAAACUGCACCAGGCAGAAGCUUCAACAUCAUUCAUAAAUUUAGUGAAAUUCAAAUCAUUGACGAGUUUACGAAUUUUAGGACCAUCAAAGAUUCCUGCUUUUAGUUUUUCCAUAGUCAGUCCAAGGAACGUUCUACAAAUGUAUUUGAAGCAAUCACCAUCUUUGUCCAAGGCCUUAACAAAUUGCUCCAUCAGUCCAAGCUUGAUAUGGAGUAGUGGGAGAAUGAUUUUUUCUCUGACAACCAAUGGCUUGUUAAUGAUGUUUGCUGCACCUACAGUCAUGUGUUCCCUUGAAGGCCAUGUCACUUUUUUCCAGUGAUCUCGCUUUGCCCUACUAUCCCACAAGCAGAUGAAACAAGGGUACUUCGUGUAUUCACUUUGCUGGCCAAGCAAGAAGUUCACCAUCUUUAGAUCAACACAAAUAGACCACUGGUGCUCAUGAUAGCAGAGCUUCUGCAAGACCAUUUUGAUAUUUUCAUAUUCUUCUUUAAGUUUUGUUGAGUGAGCAAUUGGAAGAGAUGCAUAGCGGUUACCAUUGUGCAAUAAAACACAUUUCAAGCUUCUGAUGGAGCUGUCUAUAAAAAGCCGCCAAUCUUCUGGUCGAUAUUCCGGUAGUCCCACUUGGAGAAGAAGUCCAGUAAUUGCAGUAUACAAGUUCUUCAUCUUGGCUGAAGUAUGGAAGAAAUCCCUCCUCUCUUGUCCGAUAAGCUGUUAUGUUAGCUUCCAGCUGAAGACAGUUCUUUUCCAUUAGCCUGGAUGCUAAAAGUUCAGAUGCUUGCUUUGACAGACUGAGGUCUCGUAUCAGAUCAUUGAGUUCCUUUUGGGAACUCAGGUGUUGAAAAGCUUUCUUUAUAUCCACUUCCAGGGCUACCGCCUGUGCUACACUCCACGUCCAGCAUUUCUUCAACAUCUGACAAUGGAAGGUCAGGCAGUGAAGUAAACGCUGGUAUGGGAACGUCUUUGCUGUGUGGCACAGGUCGCCUUGCUGAGUCCAAAUCAGGAUACUCCCACUUAUGUUUCUUGUAGCGAUUGAAGCCUUUCACAUUCACAACACAAAAAUAAUCAUCGUGAUGGUUUUGCGGCUCUCUCCGCACCAUAGGGACACCAAAGUGUAAACGUUUCCUUUCUCCAUUUUUCCACUGUCGUAGGCACUCUACACAGGUUUUGCAAACCUUAUGGGGAGCCCAAGACUUAUCUUGAUCUCCAAGCUUCACUCCAAAAUAAGCAAGAUAUGCUUGUUUUACAAAGUCAGUGAUGUUUUUUCUUUGUUUUUGCAGAGUGUAUUCGCCACCAGGGCUGGCUCCAGGAAUGCGGGGGCCCUUGGGCAUUAGCCUGCCCCGGACCCUCUGCUUCCGUUCUGCGAUCCAGCGGAUCGCAAGACGAGCUUCGAACCGCCCGCCAUCCCCAGCGCUUCACCUACCUUUCUCUGCUGUUCGCG